AUGCAGAAUUGUUUGACGCGAAAUGAUCGUAUUCUGAUAAACGCAAGCACGAACGCCAGGGUGGUGAGUUCUGCUCAGCCCUGUUUGCACUGCAAAAGCCAGUCCUGCCUAUUCGUGGCCAUGACUUUUCCUAUCUUUCGACAACAUCUUUCGGCGCAAGCAGUGAAUCCACCUGUGCGGCUGAGACUAACAUAUGUGACUCGCUAUGGCCUUCGCAUCACUGGCUCUUGCUGCCCUGGACUUCCAAAUGCUAAAUCUUCUCUUCUUCAUUCACUAGCCACCUCUGGGCUGUUGCCUUUGCUCAGGAAUGCUACUUUCCAGACGGUAGCCAAGCACAAGAGUCCGAUGAUCUGCGGCCACUCAGCGUGCUGUCUAAAGACCGGACUGUGUAUGUCUAAUGGUUUAUGCUACCAGCAAUCAGUAUAUGGCAAGAGAAUAGCACGAAGCAGUAAGCGUCGAGUGCUCGUAUCAUGCGCUGAAGCUGUGGUCUAUCCUGGUAGAGGAAGGGAGGUGUCUCGCCCUGACGCUCGUUUCCAGCUCAAUCAUCGCUUGUUGCUACCGAAGCUCAUUAUGGUUAGAGCACCAAAUGCCAGGGCUCAGAGAACUGAGAGAGGGAGCCGCGAACGUCGAGGAAAAUUCGUGGGCCGUCUGGAGGGCAGGAGACAGAAGAGACUUAAUAAGGUGAAUGGAAAAGGCUGGCCGGUGCACGAGCACGGACCAUUGGCUAUUUUAACCUUAAAUUUAGCCGUGUAUCUCGACUUUUCCUCAAACAACACCAUCGUUCAUCUGUCGGACAACACAACCAUUCGCCCACCACGAUGCCAUGGAAACUAUACUGCGUGUGCGCAGCGCAUAAUUGCAAGAUGGCGCCGGCGAUGGGCUGACCGGAUAGGCAACUGGCUGAAGACUGCCCGCAUCCCUCCUUCCCAAAUACUAGGUAUAUGA